CUUUCUUGUCCAGCAUGGAUCAAUUGCUAAAGUUAAAGACAGUUCUGAUGGGAAUCCUGCCAGUGGAAGCCAGUUUCAUAUUGCAGCAUGUACACCAGGAGGAACUGGUGACUGAACGCGUCUACAUGGAACUGAAAAUUGCCAGUGAAUUAACUCCAGAGAAAACCAUCAUCGGUCUGCUGGAUACACUCAUCACGAAAGGAGGAGAUGAGAAAUGCACUAGAUUCCUGACCCUGUUGCAGCAGCCAGCCAUCAUAAAAGAACUCCCCAAACUGAAUGAAAUCAAACAGAUGAUAUAGUAUGUACAAUAUUAUGCACUAUUAAGCACAUUUGUAUAUAAUGUAGCCCUGUUUUUUGUAUGUAUGUUGGUUGUGCUCUCCUAAUUAAAGCAAAGUAACGUUUUCUAAUCUAAUCUAAUCUAAUCUAAUGACAGCAGCGACAUAGCUCUGGCACCCAGUGGCCCAGCACCCCCAGACGCUGUCCCAACCUCUGCCUCCUCCACAGUCCACACCCCAGGUCCAUCCACAGCAGGUAGAACCAUUUUAAAGCAUACAUUUCCAUUCUUUUCGCACAGAUGCACAGACCGAUUGAAUCAUGGACUAUGUAUUCUAUGAAUAAAUCCUAUAUAAUUAUCAAUCUAUCUACUCAUUUUCCUGCUCCACCCUCGACCACCGUUAGUGGAAUUGUAGUUCAAAUAUCUGACACCAAUAUUAUGUGCUUGGAAGCCCCAAGAUGUAUGCAUACACCUUUAUCUUCUCAUUUUAAUUUGUAAAGGGUUGCAGAUCAAGUAAUUUCAGACAACCAGAACUAGAAAUAUCACGUAAUUGCGUCAGAUGAUUAAGUUCUAUUAAGUACCGGAAGAAAUGUUAGUAAAUGUUAGUCGUCGCAUCCCAGUCUGUCGACCAUUUAUGUUAUGUGCAUCUGUCCACCAUAAGAGAAUACACAUUAAGUAAUUAAUAGCCUCAUGUAAACUUGAGGACUCAAUGUCCCAUUAAAGUGAACCUAUUAUACAGAACAGCCGAAAAAACGUUGAGGCAAAACCUGCAAUUUAAAACUUUACUAUGAUUGGAAUGGAGCUAAAUCAUAAACCGAUAUGGCAUCUGGGAGAAAUGAAAUGUGUUGUUGUUUUUAUUAGGUUCAAACAUUCCAACUACUCCUGUGAAAAAGAAAAGCACUCUAAAGACAUCGGCAACGACACCGGUGAAGAAAACUAUAAAAUCAGUUGUGAAGAAGACUAGGAGAAAUACCAUAGCGUGUGGAACCAUCAAUGGCGUUUCAAAGGUGAAGACGGGGAGCUCGGGGGGGAAAUACUUCCAAGCUGUUCUAAACCAAGAGGAUGGGCCCAUGGUCAUUCUCAUUUUGGAUAUAGAGAAACAUAAAACCUUUCUAGGAGCAGAGAAGAGAAGGUAAAUCAAACAAAGUAUGAUAAGCUUGAUAAGGUCUAGUUUAUGGUGCAGGUGUAAUAUUUUUAUAUGUGUAUGUUUUUUUCCAGGUCUUCUGUAAGGUUGAAGGGAAUCUCAUUCGAGGAACUUGGAAUAAUCAAGUACCAAGAGGGGAUAAAGUUCACAAGCACAUCUGAAUUGAUUUUCAUGAGAGUCAAAAACACUACAAAGAUGGAACGCACUGCUGAUCAAAUAUAAUAAACACAUUUUUAAAAACUAAAAUGAAAUUUGAAGGGUGACCUACUGACCAUCUGUCAGAACAUGCCAAACCGAGCCCAGCUGGCAUAUACUGCACUGACCGUGUGAGAGUGUGUGUGGAGUUCAAUGCCUAGACUAGAGGCAAUUAAUUACCUAGCCUACGUUAUGUAAAUACAGUGCCUUCAGAAACUAUUCACACCUUUUGACUUUUUCCACAUUUAGUUGUGUU